AUAAUGAUAUAUCCUUCAGUAAGUCUGGAGAGUGCCGAAUGAUGCCAGAUGAUGUUUUCAACGUCUCGUUCCAAUUUAUAUCUGCUAGCUUUUGUUACAGUUUUGAGAGUUCUUCUGUCCGCUUUUCAAUUGACAACAAAAAGGCGUUGUUCAACCAGUGGGGUGUGGAGAGAUCUACAACAGUUCAAGAAUUUCCAGAUACAAUAAAUGAUAUAAUUGAUUGCGCUUUUGAUACAAUUGCCGGAGAAAUUUAUGCCAAAUGUCCACCCUCACAAAGCAUCGCUUCCAAUGCCAUGUCCAAGUCUGUCUUUACCGACCGGCCCGUUCGAAGACGCAGUGAUUCCGGAAGGAUUGGUAUCGAGUUAAGCGGCUUGAGGUCACUUUUUCCGAGUUAUCGGAAAAUGUCAAACGGUCAAGCAAUGCGAAUAACAGCCUUGAUGCUCUGUAGCAAAGUCUCGAUGAAUUCAUCGUGGGAGCGAUUCGAGAAAGCAGAAAAUCACCCUGCGGACCAAUCUCAUAAUCCCUAUACUCGAACCGUUGUAGCUUACUUCAGUACUCGGUCUGAAGCACUGAUGGCUAGCCGCACUCUUCAGCAACUCAAGAUUUGCGACAAGAAACAUAACUACGAAAAUAUCCGAAUUCACUGUCUAUCGGAUGGGAUUCCAAACGACCUCCAACUGGAUAUCAGAAGGCGGCAAGUUUGGAAUGGGCUCUCUCGUGGAAGUGUUGAUGCCAGAAGGGGAAUUUGCGUAUUAGUUCAACCGACAGAUUUCAACACAGAGCAAACUCCAGCAGCACCAGUUGUUGAUGCUAUAAAGAAUUUUCAAGAGCUUGCGGCCAGGGCUUCUGUCCAGCAAUUACCACUGAUUUGCAUAUCUCCACGGUUUUUGAACUACAACGAUGAUAUAGUACACGAAAUACGCCGUGAUCAAAGUGGAUAUCAGCAAUCAGCAGUCUACGGGGGAAUCGAGCCUCCAAAAGGACCGACACCUUGGAUAAUGAGAGACUUCACCCCUCCUAGCUUCUGCUGGGUUGCAAAUGCUAUUUCUUUGGGAAAAUCACCACGGGCCAACUGCAAGCUUACUCGGAUCGCACUGUGGCAGUCGGCGAUGGAGGAGGAUCACCUAUGGCAUGCGUACGCUUGUCGUGAAUGCAUGGAAAAAACAGGGAUGAUUACCACAGACUACCAAUAUCUAGCAAGCACAAGGAGCACGUCAGGACGACCAACGAAACAUCUAUUAACGAAGCUUCUUGAGGAGUACAGACCGAUCUAG